UAAGUGAAUAAUAAUUAAUUUAAAAUGUUAAUUAUAAUUUGUCGAAAAAAAGAACAACCCAAUGAAAGAUUGGAAACCAUACGUAGUUUAAUGCUCGCAUAUGAAACGAACAACGCAUUUUCGAAAAUUGGUUUCAGCACUGGUAACACUUUCGUGUUACCAAAUUUAUGCAACUGUCAAAAAAAUCAUUAGUGAAGAAGGCAAAGCUGUGGAAGUGAAUGUUUCAUUUGUAAACGUAUGAACAUUAAGGGAAAAACAAAAAAACUCCAGGAGCAUUUUGAUCUUAAGCACUUUAGAUUCUAGAAACGCAAGCAACAAAAGCAAGGUUCAAGAUGGACGUAAACGUACACCACUUGAGUUCUUGGAAAAUUACGUCGAAGCAACCAUUUUAUCCCAUCGACAUUACGUGCAUAGGGAAUGACGAUAAAGUUCGAGCCGUAACAACGUACGCUGCCCACACAGUCAAUACAUUCAUAUUCCGCAAUUUUGGUGAAGAUAUGGAAAGCAAUAAACCGGCUCACAGGAGCUAUUUGCAUAAAUCUUUUUUUCCUGAGCAUAUUAUCGACAUCGCAGUGGGUACUAAUGAGUCAGCGAUUCUGACAAAUAGCGGACACAUCAAAUAUUUUACAUCCUCAAAAAAUUUGAUGACUGUUGAAUAUUUGUCGGGCGUGAAAUCGAUAUGUGCAACACGAAAUGGUUUUGCAUUAAUAAAGACAUCGUUCGAUGGCACCGAAUUUUUUGUCGAUUUUCAUCCAGGCACAUUUCAAGAUAACGAACCAGAUGAGAGAGGAUACAAUAUUAGUUUUGAAAAAAUAAUCGAGCUGCAGAACACUUGGCAUCAAUGUCGUUUCAAAAUUAAAGAACUGCAAUUCAUUGGCCCAAGCGUGAAUCAAUUUCUGAGAACAAUAAUUCCAAAUGAACUUGGUGCUGUCAACGAAAAUAAUGAUUCUUUCUUGUUUCUAGCUAUUGAUAAUAGCUUCUGCUCAAUCCACAUCAUUGACGAAAAACCUGUAGUAAACCCAAUAGUUAUGUGCACCACGAAAAUUGUGGAUUUCUGGUCAGGAAAAAAUAGUGAUAACAUUAUUCUGCUGUUAGAAAGUGGAACACUGGAAAUCCUUUAUUUAAACAGUGGCGAAACUACUAUCAGCAAGUGGAACUUCUAUUUUGGUAGUGAAAUUCAAUCGUAUCAUUACCACGAAGGACUCUUCAUGUUUUCAAACGGAUUGGAUAUUGAGUAUGGACUGAUUGAGUUUAAAAAGGAGUUCGAUGUCUUCAAAUUAAAACGAAAGUCAAUUGCUUUGUCGGGCAUUGUUGCUAUGACGUACUUGGUGGAAUUCAAGAAAAUUCUGUGCGUCAGUGAAAAUUGUCAUUUUUUCUUAGUCUCCAUUCGGAUGGAAGAAAAAAUACGUACCAGCAGUUGGAUCGAAAUAGACAGAAAUAUUCAGAAGCAGCUAUCAAACGUUAAAUAUCAACUGAUCGAACUAUCAGAUGCGUUCGAUAAUUUGGUGGAUGAACAGAAGGAGAAACAGAGAAUCCUACAUGUGGUCAAAUUGAAACGAAAUGAUAUGGAAGACAUUGAAAAUGAUAUUGGUGAAAUUAGGUAUCGCUUUGUUGCUGCCUGUACAGUGACACAAAACCCGUCGAUUCAACGACACCAUGAAUCACAUUUGAACAUGAUAUACAUAUCGAAUUCACUGGUCUAUGACCGAACAACAUCAUUUUUUGUGACCAUAACCAUUUGUUACACCGUUAGAUAUGCAAAUGAGUUCAAUGCAAAUUUAUGGAGUUUAUGUUGUCGAUGGUUAAACGAUAAACACGAAAACGUGUAUGUGAACGUCAAGCUUAACGAAAGCCAGUUAUCACAAGCAGUGCCACUAACAUUGGUUAUUCAUUUGCAACAAAAACAAUUGCCAUGCUUCCAUGUUAACAUUUCUACAGCGGUGCGUGCCGGCAAUUCUGUACAUUUGAAUUUUCCUGUACGCGUUGACCAGCCAGACUAUUGUGAAAUGAUGAACGUCUCAAUGUCUCAAGUUGAUCAAGCAUCAAUUGAAAAGGAUGGCAAAAGUCUCGUUUGCAGCGUGUUAGUGCCAAAAUCAGUUCCCCUUGAUGAAAUAUUUGCCGAAAAACUGAAUCUGGAAAGCCGAACAAAAGCCAUGACUUUGAAAUGUGGCGAACAGAAGAUGUAUACGAUAAAUUUGCUGAAAAAUACACUGACUGCAACCUAUUUCCCUGAAAGUGAAACACUCCGACUCGUAACUAAGAGCGCCGAUUUUAUGUGCUCAUUCAAGAAGCAUUUGCACCGAAAAAUUGAAACAAAACUAUCCAGCCUGGAAUAUCAGGAUGUAAUGGUGUCCGUUGAGGCCCUAAAGCAAUAUUGUAGCGCGGAUAACCAUUUGAACGCUGUUCUAAAUGCAACAGAUAUCAACAAGAAAGACGCCGAAAUGCUGCAGUGUAUGGAAAACGUUCGACGAUCGAAUGUUCUAAAAUCAAAUUAAAAAUGAAAGCAAUCCAAUUUAUACUCUAUGGAAAAAAAUCAAAAUCAUUCAUUUAUUUCACGUUGUUAUUCUUGAUAAGAAAUUGCGUUCCAUGCCAAGAAUCGUUGCUUCAACACUUAUAAGGAGAUGAUUCAAUCUUAUUUCAAUGGCGACAAUAUUAAAAUGCAGAAAAAGGCCAGAGAACAAACAUACAAUAAUAAAAUCAGCAUUUAAAAUACCGAA